UCCCUUGAUCUUCGAUUGAAAAUACGUAAACAACCAGAACGUAUCGUCAACGAUAACGAUUCCUGUCGUGCGGAAGGCUAAUUCAGUGAUAUGUGAAACUAUUAAGACAGGCGUAUUGGUUCAUACUGAUACUGAAUUUCACAUAGACACGAUUUUGUAUGUUUAUGAUCAAGUAAAGUUGACUGACAGAAACAGCUGACCUGACAAUGGCGACCUAAAUCAGUAUUUCACUUGCUGGACUUCGUUAUUUGAUCAACAUGGAGAAAGGGAUCCCAGUACCAGACAGAUUGUCACAAGACUUCCAUAAAGAGUUACUGGACAAUGUCGAUGAGUUCUAUCACUUAAAUUCCAUUCUUCACAUCGAAGGCAACAAGACAGAUAUACUAGAAUACAUUGCGAAAGAAGGCCCUGGGAUGGUCUAUAGGUUCAAUAGGCUGUGUUACUACAAGGAGUCCCAUUUCAUCGAAGAUAUUCCAGACUACCCCCUCAGCUGGGCUGCAGCAGGUGGGGAUGUGGACAUCGUAAAGGCGUUCAUCAAAGCUGGGUUCGACCCUCACAUCACAAAUAAGGAAGAAAACACACAGAAGGAUUUCCGGAUACCACUUGUGCGAGCUGUUGAAAAAGGUCAUCUGCCUAUUGUGAGAUUGCUUGUUGAAGAACAUGGCUGUGAUGUUAAUGUCAGCGAUGGCUACUUUAAACGGACUGCCCUACACCGAGCUACGCAGAAUGGUGAUAUUACGAUGGUUAAAUACCUGGUUGAACAAGGAGCAGAUGUGAAUGCUGUGGACAGUGUCAAUGGAGUGCCGUUGUAUCACACACUAGAUGAUCACAAAAUGGUGAAGUAUCUUAUUGCCAAUGGUGCCAAAGUUAAAACCUGGGGAAGGCAUAAUUUACCUUUGCUUACCUAUGCUGCGGACUGUUGUGAUGAUUUGGAGGUAUUUCGGACGCUUAUAGAAGCAGGAGCGUGUGUUAAUGAUGGCGGACCGCCCACGACACCUUUCAAUAGUGCCGCUGAGCGUAACAGGCUUGAUUUGAUGAAACUGUUGUACGAAUAUGGUGCUGAUGCAGACUUGCAGGACAUGUAUGGGUUAACGGCAAUGCAUGUGGUUAGUAAACACGGAGACACUGUCUGUGCACAGUAUCUGAUCAUGGAUUUGAAUGUUUUUCUGGACAAAACAGAUGGGUUCGAUCGUACCCCUUUUUCAGUUGGAGUGAAAUGUGAGAACCCUCAGCUUCUUCAUCUGUUGAUGGAUGCAGGUUACAGGCCGACGGGCAAGGAUAGUGAUUACAUCGAUCAUAAGAAACUUACCACUACAGAUUUGUUACUGAAGGCUGCACUGCAUCGUGCACAGGCCAUUGCAGCUAGUCCAAGUUCGCUUCAAGACAGCUGUUGUUUCAGGCUUAGACGGAUGUUAGGCAGGAAUGUCCUGUCCAAGGUGGAACAGUUGAGUCUUCCGGUUGUCAUGAAGGACAUGAUCAAAUUGAACCAUUUGAAAACUUGAUAUUUUUGGUUUCAGGUUGUUUCCUUUGGGAAAAGUUCAACUGGACCUGUUUUAUGUUGGCUUUUACUUGAUGGGUAGGGAUUGUGUUAAACAGCAUCAUUAUUGAUCAUUGUGAUGGACUUGUCCAAAAACUUCUUCUAAUCUCAUUAAAAUCAGAUAUUAGUUCGCACCCGCUAAAAAAGAUCUGAGGACAUCCUAUUAGGUACGUUUGGGUCACAUCAGACCAACCUUUUAUCCGACCAAUCAGAGCGUCGCUUACCAGUUUGGGAAAGUGACAGUCGGAAUGUAGUUUCUAAUCAUGCAAACACAAAAAGGUUAACACAAGUAUUCCGAAGACAGUUAGGGGCUGUACGACUGAUUCCAUCAAAAUCAUCAUGCAUUUCUCACUUCAAUUAUGAUAAUCAUGACAAUGGGAUAAACAUUUGUAACUGAGGAGACUUUACAUAGCCCAAGGGAAGUACUGCCAUAAAAUAUCAGCCAUAAUUUAGACAUUGACGGAAGUUACCAGUUUGGAACUAGUGCCAUAUAGCUCGAGAAAGCUGCUUUCUGAUUCGCUAAUGUCAACCUCUUGUUAGUUUCUUUGGUUGGUCAAAGUUCGCAAAAGGUCAUUCUGAUGUGACCUGUUAUGGGAUGUCAUGUGAUCUUUGUGUAGCAGCAGAGAGCACUAAGAUCUGAUUUUAAUGAGAUUGAAAUUUCUUCUUUCUCAUGACCUGUCCACCCCUAAAAAUGCCCCUAACAUUUAUAUAUAUUUUAAGCACUGUUAACAUUCAGACUGUUCAUGACUCAAGACACAAAAUGGUCUGUAUUUUAAAGCUUUCCUCCCACAUCAAGCUGGCAUGCCAUGAUAUAACUGGAAAGCUGUUCGAAGGUGUUAAACCCAUUUCAUCACUCACAUCAUAUUUUUAUAUUUUAAAGUGUUAUCAUGGAUAUAUUUUCUGGUGUUGCCAGUGCAUCAUGGGUUUGUUUUAUUAUUUUUCUGUUCCCAUUUUUCAGUCCAAAAAAAGGAGAUAGAAGUUUGGUCACGUAACAGUACUAGCAGGAUUAGCAUUUCUAUUUGUUCCACCCAACAGUUAUAUCUGAUGCCAAAUAAACCAUUGAAAAUGUUAAACUACAUAAAGAAUGAUCGUUCAACUGACCCAAGUUAAUUGGGCAGGAGACCCGUGAAGAUCUGGGGUAGAAUAGGUCUUCGGUUACCUAUAGUUGCUGUAAAUGGUGAUUAUCCUUGUCAUAAGAGGCGACUAACGGGAUCGGGUGGUCAGACUCGCUGACUUGGUUGAAGCAUGUCAUCGUAUCCCAAUUGCGUGGAUCGAUGCUCAUGAUGUCAAUCACUGGAUUCAUUAUUUACAGACCGCAGUCAUAUAGCUGGAAUCUUGCUGAGUGUGGCUUUAAACAACAAACAAACAAUAAUUGGGCAGGAAAAUUUUGUAAACCCCCAAAAAGAGAUGCUUUGCACCACAGGUAGCAUUGAAAGGGUUGUCAAUAAAAUGGAGAUGUUUAGGGAAUUACUGAUAUAUAGGCAAUACAGGUAGAGGGUUCAAUGUCUUAGAAAUCCUCCCUGUAACCAACUGGGGGUGGGUAUGUGUAUUUGUUCACGUUGAGGUGCUUCCAACAAGUUCAAUAGGUAAACUAUUCCCCUGUGUGAAGGGGGAGAUAAACAUUUUGUGUUUUGAGAUUAUCGGGUGAUGUGGAGUAUUUGUGGCAGCAAAUUUCAUCUGGGAUCAAUCCAGCAAGACAGAGGUUUCAAAUGUUAAGGUUUCCAGGCAUGGAAUACACGGUAACAUCAACAAAUGUUUAUGGACAUUGUAAACAAGAACAAUUAUGAUUACUCUCUGUGCAUGCUCUUUCUAUGCUUACUCAAAUAGUCGUGAGACAUUCGGUAUUGUUUCGUACUUCUGUGAUGGUUUGUUUUCUAUUUAUUAGUAGUACUUAAUAGCAAUAUGUAAUCAGCUUAUAUUGGAUGCAGUAUUCUUGUUGUCAUGGUUGAGUGCUGUAUUUGUUAAAUUUUAUAUAUGAUACUUAUCAGGAAAUGUAUUCAUAUGCAGUGACCAGCAACUGGUCCUGGGUUUAGAAUCCAAUGUAAUGUUUUCAUCCCAUUCAAUUUACAGUGUUAUAAUAUCUAUUUAGCAUGUUGAGGUAUCUAUUCUGUUAUUCAUUUAUUAUACUUUUCAUAUCAUAUAUGACAAUAUUCACAGCUUCCAACAUGUUUGUAACUGAGUUUGUAAUGCAGAAUUACUUGACUGAA